CAGCAGGGGAGGGGGGAGGAAGAAAGACUGCUCUCUGCACUUGUGCUUUUGUUAGUCCACAGAAGAGGCAGAGAAACAAGAGAUAACAAAGGCUGUUUCCUCUCUGUGAGAGAAGGCUUUUGUCUUUCCUCCUGCAAGAUGUCAGUGUCUGGCAAGAAAGAGUUUGAUGUGAAACAGAUCCUAAGGCUGCGCUGGAGGUGGUUUAGUCAUCCUUCUCAAGGUUCGCCCAACACUGGAAACUGCCUUCAGCAGGAAGGAUAUGAGCAUAGAGGGACCCCGGUUCAGGGCAGGUUGAAGAGCCACCCUCGGGACAGGAAUGGACUAAAGAAAAGCAACAGUCCUGUCCACCACAGCAUACUGGCACCAGUGCCAGGACCGGCCCCUGCCCAUCAAAGAGCCCUUCAGAAUUGGCACCCACAAAACCUAAUAGAACAUCUUCAAGCAAAUGAAGAUACUCCUAAAGCAGUUCCAGAGGAGAAUUUGUUCAAAAAAUCUUGUGAGAAACACUCACAAGAUUUGGAGAUGAUGGCUGAUGAUAAUACAGAAGAUUCUACAGCAAGACUAGAUACACAACAUCCUAAGGAAAUGAAUGUCAGCAGAUCUGAGGAGCAGUUCCAUGCUGUAAAUCAUGCAGAACAAACUCUUCAUAAAAUGGAGAACUACCUGAAAGACAAACAAUUGUGUGAUGUGCUACUCAUUGCUGGACACCUCCGAAUCCCAGCCCAUCGGUUGGUUCUCAGUGCAGUGUCUGAUUACUUUGCUGCAAUGUUUACUAAUGAUGUGCUUGAAGCCAAGCAAGAAGAGGUCAAGAUGGAAGGAAUCGAUCCCAAUGCACUUAAUUCCUUGGUGCAGUAUGCUUACACAGGUGUCUUGCAGUUGAAAGAAGAUACUAUUGAAAAUUUGCUGGCUGCAGCUUGUCUCCUGCAGCUGACUCAAGUCGUUGAAGUCUGCUCCAAUUUUCUCAUAAAGCAGCUCCACCCUUCAAACUGCUUAGGGAUUCGAUCAUUUGGAGAUGCCCAGGGCUGUACAGAGCUUCUGAGUGUGGCACAUAAGUACACAAUGGAACACUUCAUCGAGGUAAUAAAGAACCAAGAAUUCCUCCUGCUUCCAGCUAAUGAGAUUUCAAAACUUUUGUGCAGUGAUGACAUUAAUGUGCCUGAUGAAGAAACCAUUUUCCAUGCUCUAAUGCAGUGGGUAGGGCAUGAUGCACAGGCCAGGCAACAAGACCUAGCAAUGCUGCUUUCAUACAUCAGACUGCCAUUACUUCCACCACAGUUACUAGCAGAUCUUGAAAACAGCUCCAUGUUUACUGGUGAUCUUGAGUGUCAGAAGCUCCUGAUGGAAGCUAUGAAGUAUCAUCUCUUACCAGAGAGAAGACCCAUGAUGCAAAGCCCUCGGACAAAACCUAGAAAAUCAACUGUGGGAGCACUUUAUGCUGUGGGAGGCAUGGAUGCUAUGAAAGGUACCACUACUAUUGAAAAAUAUGACCUCAGGACCAACAGCUGGCUACACAUUGGCACCAUGAGUGGCCGUAGGCUUCAGUUUGGAGUUGCAGUUAUUGGUAAUAAGCUCUAUGUCGUGGGAGGAAGAGAUGGUUUAAAAACUUUGAAUACUGUGGAAUGUUUUAAUCCUGUUGGCAAAAUCUGGACAGUGAUGCCUCCCAUGUCAACACACAGGCACGGCUUAGGUGUAGCCACACUUGAAGGACCAAUGUAUGCUGUUGGUGGCCAUGAUGGAUGGAGUUAUCUAAAUACUGUAGAAAGAUGGGACCCUGAGGGACGUCAGUGGAAUUAUGUGGCCAGUAUGUCAACCCCUAGAAGCACAGUUGGUGUUGUCGCAUUAAACAACAAGCUAUAUGCUAUUGGUGGACGUGAUGGAAGUUCCUGCCUCAGAUCUAUGGAAUACUUUGACCCACACACUAACAAGUGGAGUCUGUGUGCUCCAAUGUCCAAAAGGCGUGGAGGUGUGGGAGUUGCAACAUACAAUGGAUUCUUAUAUGUUGUUGGGGGUCAUGAUGCCCCUGCUUCUAAUCAUUGCUCCAGGCUUUCUGACUGUGUGGAACGGUAUGAUCCAAAAAAUGAUUCAUGGUCAACUGUGGCACCUCUGAGUGUUCCUCGAGAUGCUGUUGCCGUAUGUCCCCUUGGAGAUAAACUCUAUGUGGUUGGAGGAUAUGAUGGACAUACUUAUUUGAACACUGUUGAGUCAUAUGAUGCACAGAAAGAUGAAUGGAAAGAGGAAGUUCCUGUUAACAUUGGAAGAGCUGGUGCAUGUGUUGUGGUGGUGAAGUUACCAUGAAGCUCUCUUUACCAAAGGGAAGAAAACUGGAUAAUUUCAAGAAAUGGAGUAGGAAGAGUAGAGGAAAAAGAAACAUAUUAUUUCCUUCAGUUAGUAAUCAAACAUGAAAAUUUUUGUGUCAUUUUAAUAUGUAGUUAUAAAUGCUAUCAUUUGUGAAGCCAAAGCAAGUUUUCAAACAUUAAUUACAUUAGGUAUUAGGUGUUAAGUGUAUAUGUUGUUACAGCUGAUAAUAUAAUUGGAAAUCAAAUAGUCUAGGUUUAGCCUCAUUACCUUAAAAUGUUAAAAUGUUUAAGGGAAAUUGAUAGUGACCAAAGUAUAAAAGGUUAUAAAAGCACUGGUAAUUUUAAUUUGAGUCUGAUAAGUUAUAAACAUUUUCUAUUCCAGAAAAAUAGGUAUUCUAUCAUUUGGAACAUAAAUAAUAUAAAAGAGAACAUCUAAAGCUUAAAUUAUAAAAUUUAUCUCUUAUUCAAACAAUAUCCCAAAUAGCUAAAUAAUACCUCACAUUUACCAAGAGGAAAGCUUUUACUGUCAUGAGGUUAAAAAAAAAAAAAAAAAAAAAAAAAAAAGAAAAAGAAAAAGCUAUGCUGAUCACAGUAUGUUUUCACAGAAUUACCCUUUUACAGUACCAUCUUCCAAAGCACACAUAUAGAUUUGGUAUUCCGUAACAUGCUGUCUUAUUAGAUUUGUUACCAGUAAUAUAUCAUUGUAAUUUAUAUACAUACAAUCUAUACAAUAAAAUGGUGAAUAUUUAUCAUAUUGAUACAAACUGUGACCUCAGCUUUAGGGUGUCAGAGCCCCAUUCAUAUGUAAUAGUCUUCUCAAACAUUUCUGUGGACUCACUGUAAACACCUGCCAUUAAGUUAAACAAGUUUUCAAAAACAAAACAAUUUUUAAACAGUGGUAAACUCAAGAUGCCCUACAACAUUAGCACAUGGAAACACCAAAAUGUCCAACAUCCAUGGUUAAUUCUACAAUUAUCUUCUAUAUACCAAUACAAACUUUUCUGUUAACUUUGUAAUCAUCCAGUAGAGAAUGUUAAGGGCAUAUGCACUACAAAAUAGUUUUAAAUUAAAAAACAAAACAAAAAGAAGGCUAGCUGGGUAGUAUUUUACUUUUGAAUUCUUAGUUCAUUUAUCCAAUUAUAAAAAAUACUUAAGAUAAAAUGUUGAAAAAAAUUUCUUUAUGAAAGUAACUUUUCAAGUAAAUUUUAGAAAUUCUGCAGUGUGUCCUUUCAAAUGGGCUUUGUAUUGUAGUAUGUGAAACCAGCAUAUAAAUCCAGAGAGAUGCUUAUAAAAUACUACUACAUUUUAAGUUUUUAAAAAAGAGCAACAUUAAGUUGUACAAAGAUAUUUUGUACUUUGGAAAAAUGAAUUUAAAUAA